UCAACAGCUUCUGACAAAUAUCUAUUGAUCAUCUGCACACAGUAUUAGACCCCAAAGUGGGACACCCGGAUCAAACCCAGCUAGUGGUUUAGGGUUGUAAGCAGGGUUUUAGAAAAACGCAGCUCCACAGUUUUAAUUUUGGGGAUAUUUGCUGUGAGUCGACAUGAAGCCGGUGGUGGUUCUGCUGGGCCUCGUCCUCCUGCUGGACACCACCAUCGCUGCAGAAGAGUCCUGUGCAGGUCGCUGCGGCUCCUUCAGCCCACAGAGCAAAUGUCAGUGUGACUCCAUGUGUGUGUAUUAUGGGAGCUGCUGUGGGGACUUUUUCACCCUCUGCCCCAGAAAAAUUUCUAGAGGCGAUGUCUUUGAUGUGCCGCAGAAAGAAGGAACAAGCCCGAGCCCGAGCCCGAAGCCGUACACAACAACUUUUAUGCCAACCUCAGACACAGCUGCACCGACCAUGCCUUCCUCUUUCCCAUCAAACGUCACACAAGGGUCCACAACACCUGUAGACCGUGAUGCAGCACCCUGCAGUGGGCAGGCUUUUGAUGCCUUUCUGCAGCUGAAAAAUGGGUCAAUCUAUGCAUUUAGAGGUAAAUACUUUUUUGAGAUGGAUGACAAGUCCAUCCUUCCUGGUUAUCCCAAACUCAUCGAGGAUGUGUGGGGAAUCUCUGGACCCAUCAGCGCCGCAUUCACACGCAUCAACUGCCAGGGAAAGACCUACAUCUUUAAGGGGAACCAGUACUGGAGAUUUGAGGGCAACGUUCUGGAUGAGGACUAUCCACGGCUUAUUUCACAGGGCUUCGAUGGCAUUCCAGAUGAGAUUGAUGCUGCAUUUGCCUUACCUGCACCGAGUCACCGUGGCAAGGAGAAAGCCUACUUUUUCAAAGGGGACAAGUAUUACCAGUAUGGGUUCAAGCACCAGCCUUCCCAUGAGGAGUGUUUCCAGAUGAGCAGGUCCUCCCCAUCAGUGCUGUUCACACAAUACACAGACCUCUUCUGUGAUAACACAUGGGAGGAUCUCUUCGCUGAGCUCUUUGGAGGAUCCUUUAGCAGUCUCCAAACAGGCCCGCAUUUCACCAGCAGGGACUGGCGGGGCAUUAGGCCCCCCGUAGACGCUGCCAUAGUGGGACGAGUCUACAUCAGUCCCAAGCCGACGUCAGCUCCAACAGCGAAGAAGUGGAAGAGUUGGAGGAAGAGGCCCAGCAAGAGGCGGGGACAGAAAAGAAGGCAGAGUGGCCACUUGGAUGAUUUUUGGUUUUAUGAUUUGUUCGACCUCAGUGACUACAGUGAGAGCUCUGAAGAGCACAACGUGCAGGAGUACCAAAGCACCCCUGUUCAAAAUGUGUACUUCUUCCAAAGAGAUAAGUACUACAGAGUGGCUCUGCAGACAAAACGGGUGGACGCUGGUUACCCUCGAUCUAUUGGUAAAUAUUGGCUUGGCUGCGAGCGUGAAGACGUACCCGAUACAUCAAGGGCAGAAAAGAGAUAAAUGCUUGUUUUGACUAUUGCAACAUGGGGCUGAUGAGAACACCUUUUACCCUUGCAUUUAGUUCAGAAUAAACAUCUCUCCAGUGCCCCUUUAUAUGGAUAUGCUGAAAUAAUACAAGAUUUAAUAAAGCAUUUCAGUGCUCAA